UCUUGACGACACCCUAGAACUGAACAGAACAGAACAGAACAGAACACAAGUACAAGUCCAAAUCGUCGACUACUGAAAAUUAGCAGGACAGGAGUUUCGAAAUACUGUGGAGCCGCAGUCGAAGCAGUGGUUUCGGAAAGCUGUAAUGGAGGCAGCACCAUUUACUCCUCCUCCUACUUCUUCCUUCAAAACUCCAUCCAUCUCCUCCUCUUCUUCUCUUAUAUCUCUUUCAAAAAAUUUCUCGAGAAACCACCUUCCUUCGAAGUUCAAGUCACCUAGAAAUCUCUCAGUUCGUGCAUCCAAUGAUGAUUCAGUAGUGACUCUGCUUGAUUAUGGUGCUGGAAAUGUCCGUAGUGUCCGAAACGCCAUUCGUCAUCUCGGUUUCCAAAUCAAAGAUGUACAAACUCCGAAAGACAUUCUAAAUGCAAGGCGUCUUAUAUUUCCUGGUGUUGGGGCUUUUGCACCUGCUAUGGAUGUCCUUAACAACACUGGGAUGGGCGAAGCACUCUGUACCUAUAUUCAGAAUGAUCGCCCAUUUUUAGGCAUCUGUCUUGGGCUUCAGCUACUUUUCGAGUCCAGCGAGGAGAAUGGUCCAGUGGGUGGUCUUGGUCUGAUUCCUGGCGUGGUGGGGCGGUUUGACUCCUCAAAUGGUUUCAGAGUACCUCAUAUUGGCUGGAAUGCUUUGCAAAUCACUAAAGACUCUGAAAUUUUGGAUGACAUUGGAAACCGCCAUGUGUAUUUUGUUCACUCUUACCGUGCCAUGCCAUCAAAUGAAAAUAAAGAGUGGAUUUCCUCUACCUGCAAUUAUGGUGAUGAAUUUAUAGCUUCUGUUAGAAAGGGAAAAGUGCAUGCUGUUCAAUUCCAUCCAGAGAAGAGUGGAGAUGUUGGUCUUUCAGUAUUGAGGAGCUUUUUGCUUCCAAAGUCAUCUCUGACAGAGAAGCGUACUGAAAGGAAAGCAUCAAAACUUGCAAAAAGGGUAAUUGCUUGUCUUGAUGUGAGGACAAAUGACGAAGGAGAUCUUGUUGUAACCAAAGGAGACCAGUACAAUGUAAGAGAACAUGCAGAAAAGAAUGAGGUUAGAAACCUUGGCAAGCCAGUGGAACUUGCUGGAAAGUAUUAUGAAGACGGUGCUGAUGAGGUUAGUUUUUUGAAUAUCACUGGCUUCCGCGACUUUCCCUUGGGUGAUUUGCCAAUGUUGCAGGUUUUGAGAUGCGCUUCAGAAAAUGUUUUUGUACCGUUGACAGUUGGAGGUGGAAUUAGAGAUUUUACUGAUUCCAAUGACAGGUAUUAUUCUAGCUUGGAAGUUGCAUCCGAAUAUUUCAGGUCUGGGGCUGAUAAGAUUUCUAUUGGAAGUGAUGCAGUCCAUGCUGCAGAAGAAUAUUUAAAAACUAAGGUAAAGACUGGGAAGAGCAGCAUAGAACAGAUAUCAAGAGUCUAUGGAAAUCAGGCAGUUGUUGUAAGUAUUGACCCUCGUAGAGUGUACCUCAAUGAUCCUAGUGAUGUGGAGUUCAAGUCAAUUAGGUUGACUAACCCAGGUCCAAAUGGAGAAGAAUAUGCCUGGUAUCAAUGCACGAUUAAUGGUGGGCGAGAAGGUCGACCAAUUGGAGCUUAUGAACUUGCAAAAGCAGUUGAAGAGCUGGGGGCUGGAGAAAUAUUACUGAAUUGCAUUGACUGUGAUGGUCAAGGGAAAGGAUUUGAUAUAGAUCUAAUAAAGAUGAUCUCUGAUGCUGUGAACAUCCCUGUGAUUGCAAGCAGUGGUGCAGGUGCUGUUGAACACUUCUCAGAUGUGUUCUCAAAGACAAAUGCUUCUGCUGCCCUCGCUGCUGGCAUUUUCCAUAGGAAAGAGGUGCCCAUUCGGUCUGUAAAAGAGCACUUGUUGAAGGAAGGCAUAGAAGUCAGGAUCUAAUUCCAUUCUGUGUCCUACGCACGGAUACAGGCAGCGUUUCCGAAUCUCUGCUUCCCCCCCACCCCCCUCCUUUUGUUUCUAGCAAGAAACUGUGUAAAACUUGGCAGGGCAUUAUCAGCAAAAUUUAACGAGUCUUAUGCGUAUAAUCUGCAAUCUUGGAAAUUUCAUAGACAGAACAUUAAAUAUUAAAAUUGCUACUGGUAAUUUGCUUUGCUUGUGACACCCGGUGGAUCAUCGCUUUCUGAAUAAAAAGUUGGCAUGAAAUUUCAGGUCAGCGUUUAGCAACAAUGUGAAGCCAUAUGGGUUUUUAUCUCCGAUGUCAUUGGACUUUCAAUGCCAUGGUUCUGAAGAAGCAACGAUGUGUUGAUUUCCUAUAUCAUAAAUCCGGAAACUCCAGUCCCCAAGAUCCGCUGUGAUGACAUGUAAAGAAAUCCUUUAUCCUUUAUUCUCGGUGAACAUAGUCGGAUCAUGCAAGCUCGAUCUUGGGCAGAUUUGAGUCAACUCAAAAAAUCAUGAUAUGUUUUAUACGAUUUAAUAUAAUCGACGUGUAGUAUUUAAAAAAAGUAAUGUUAUUAAUAUAAAAAAUAAGUGAUGUAAUAUAACGAAAUGAUCCAUUACAUUCCUUGUACUGGAGGCUUUGAUAAGUCUCAUUUGUCAUUAUAAGUUUUAAAAAUUUAUUUUAA